GCAGUCACAUGGUAGAUCACAUGACCGUGACGCCAAGUCCUUUCCUAGGAUAGGAAGUAGCCGCUAUGUGAGACUAUGCUUCUACUCUUUCGUCCAAUAGACGCUCGCGCUCAUCAAUGUCCAAUGCCCCGCCUCUAGUUAGCAACGCUGCCUCGCUUUAAUGUCCUCUUCUUUUUCACCUCAUCGGUUUGCCAUAGUAAUAGCGGCCUCGCCGCCUCAUGCGCCGCUGCUGCCCGGUACUGUUUGUAAACAGCCCCGGGGACCCCCCUCCCUCACCUUCCUCCUCCUGCCCCCGCCCACCGGAGCCUCCCCCAUCCAAGAUGGCGGCGGGUGGGAGCGGCGGCCUGUCGUUUCCCGGGGUGGUGGGGAACAGCGCCCCCAGCAACCGUAGUGGCUCCUCGGCUUCCUCUUACAACUAUAGCGGCGGGGCUGGGGCCUCGUCUCCCGGGAAUCAGGCAGCUGCUGCAGUUUCAGCGUCUGGAGUUUCACCUCCUGCUGCACCACCUCCGCCUCCUCCUGGUGCUGCCGCCGGCCUGCACCGGGAGCCCGUGUACAACUGGCAGGCCACCAAAACCACGGUGCGUGAGAGGUUCACCUUCCUCUUCAAUAACGAAGUGCUCAGCGACGUCCACUUCCUUGUGGGAAAGGGUUUGGGAAGCCAGCGGAUCCCGGCGCACAGGUUUGUGUUGGCUGUGGGAAGUGCAGUCUUUGAUGCCAUGUUUAAUGGUGGGAUGGCUACAACCUCCACAGAAAUAGAAUUGCCAGAUGUUGAACCUGCUGCAUUCCUUGCUUUGUUAAAGUUCCUGUACUCUGAUGAAGUACAGAUCGGUCCAGAGACUGUAAUGACAACUCUAUACACGGCCAAGAAAUAUGCUGUACCCGCCCUGGAGGCUCACUGUGUGGAAUUUCUGAAGAAGAACCUUCGAGCUGAUAAUGCUUUCAUGUUGCUUACACAGGCUAGGCUAUUUGAUGAACCUCAGCUUGCAAGCCUUUGUCUGGAGAACAUUGAUAAGAAUACCUCAGAUGCCCUAAAUGCAGAGGGUUUCACUGACAUUGAUAUAGAUACACUAGUUGCCGUGCUAGAGCGGGACACCUUGGGAAUUCGAGAAAUUCGACUUUUUAAUGCAGUUGUGCGUUGGUCAGAAGCAGAAUGCCAGCGGCAACAACAUCCUGUUACCUCUGAGAAUAAGAGAAAGGCUCUUGGCAAAGCCUUGUCUCUUAUCCGCUUUCCUCUCAUGACCAUUGAGGAGUUUGCUGCAGGCCCUGCUCAGUCUGCAAUUCUGACUGACCGGGAGGUUGUCAGUCUUUUUCUACAUUUCACUGUAAACCCAAAACCUCGAGUAGAGUUUAUAGACCGUCCACGGUGUUGCUUGCGAGGGAAAGAAUGCAAUAUCAACCGUUUCCAGCAGGUGGAGAGUCGCUGGGGUUACAGUGGGACUAGUGACAGAAUAAGGUUUUCAGUCAAUCGCAGAAUAUUUGUGGUGGGGUUUGCGUUGUAUGGCUCAAUACAUGGCCCCACAGAUUAUCAAGUUAACAUACAGAUUAUCCACACAGACAGCAAUACAGUUCUUGGUCAGAAUGACACUGGUUUCAGUUGUGAUGGAUCCUCCAGCACCUUUAGAGUCAUGUUUAAAGAACCGGUAGAAAUUCUUCCUAAUGUCAACUAUACCGCAUGCGCCACUUUAAAGGGUCCAGAUUCCCACUAUGGUACAAAAGGACUGCGCAAAGUAAUCCACGAAUCUGCAACAACGGGCACCAAGACGUGCUUCACCUUCUGCUAUGCAGCAGGGAACAACAAUGGAACCUCUGUUGAAGAUGGACAGAUUCCUGAAAUUAUCUUCUACACAUAGGUGGGAGAGAGAACAUUCUGUAUCGGACCAGGCCAACUGGUUUUUUUGGACACUGUAGGUGCAAGGUGUGGAUGGCCUUAUCCAGAUGCAGAAUGCUGUGUGGAGACUUCCAGUUUUGGCAAAGUGACCUAUAUUACCUCCUUCCAUACCUCUGAAACUUAGCUUGUCAUGGGCUUUUGGCAUGGCUAAGAUGCUUUCUCAACCGUGUACACUUGCUUUUCUCAGUCAGGCAGGCAGGCAAAUUCCUGUGUGUAUAUAUAUAUAAAUAAAUAAAACUUGUCAGUAACACCAGUAUCUGAUAAUCUGGUGGCACCUUAAUCCUUUUGUAAGGAUACUAAGCUAUUGAUUCAGUUUUAUCUCUAUAAUUCGGGGGUUGCCUUUCUUUUCAGUGGUGUAGAUAAAUGUAUACACACUUAUAAACAGUGGGAGGGUAUAAAAUAUAUAUAUAUACAUAUAUAAAGCUUGUGUAUAGAAUAGAUAUAUUCUAGUCCAAUGUGGUGGAAUGAUCCGUUCCCUUUAGCCACUGCUAAUACUUUAAUACUCCACCUCUGGCAUUGAAUGGUACAACCCUGUUAUUGUUUUUUUAAGACAUGUUUAUUUUGUCUGUGGCAUUUCAACUUUUUUCGAAGCUACCCUUGACUCUGUAUGUAGAGUAAGGGCUACGAUCAGCAUUUCAUUAAGGUGAAAGUGGAGUGCAUCUAAUAUGCCACACAGAGGGAAGUAAAACCAUAUGGUUUAAGCCACAUUAUUAAAGUUAAUAAAGAUAAAAUUUAUAAGCUAUUUUUGGAAUGUAUAUAAAGUUUAAAAGUACUUAACUUGGUUAUGAAACCUGCAGAUGAAAAUGUUUAGCAAUUAUAUGAAGGUGUCAGAAAUUCUAAUGUACGGAUCAUAAAGGGGCACAAUCUCUAUUUAGCAGUUUCAGCCUUUACAGGAAAACCCUAAGAUUUUCAGAUUUAAGCUCCUAACCUUUCUGGAUGUAAAUAUAAUGUCUGCUGACUUUUCUUUGUUCCUUAGUAAGGAUUUACCUUAUUUUUUUCCCCCAUGAGAAAACUGCUUUACUCCUUGAAUGUACUAAGGUCUCCUAGAUCUGCCUUUGUCUGCACUCCUCCUACAUUACCUGCUUCUGACUUUGUAAAUAGAAGUCAAUAAAGAUGUAUAAGAAAUCA